AUGGGAGGGGAGUUAGACCCCGCCCCCAGUUCUCCCAGCGGAAGUCCGGCUGCGUUCCUCGAGCGGGCGGAAUCCCGGGAGCAGGCGCGUGUUUCCGGGGGAGUGUCGCGGGCGGCCCUCACUUCCGCCUGCAGUGGAAGCGGGUGUGCUGGGCCGCAGAGGCCCGGGAGCGGUGCUGGCGGCUACGUGUGCGAGCCCGGGGCCGGGGCUGGGGGGUUCCCCCGGCCCCCCCGCGCCCCUCCCGGCCGCCGGGCCGGAGGCGGGGGCCUGGAAGCGGGUGUGCUGGGCCGCAUAGGCCCGGGAGCGGUGCUGGCGGCUACGUGUGCGAGCCCGGGGCCGGGGCUGGGGGCUUCCCCCGGCCCCCCCGCGCCCCUCCCGGCCGCCGAGCCCGAGCCGGGGCCCGCAGCUGCUGCCCAGGCCCUGCGCAGCCUUCCCCGCGGCCUGGCCGUGGGCCCAUCGGGGGCCCGGCGGCGGCGCCUUGGGGUCUGGUGCGUCGGGGCCGCGCUGCGGCAGGGGCUUCUCUGGGGGCCCCUGGAGGAACGGGGGGCCGGGCCUCAGGAGAUGUUGCUGGGCCUGUGGAGGGAUGUGCGUGUGUGUGAGCAGAGCUCAGGGUGGGCCAGUUUGGUGCAACAGGGCCGAAGGAAGAAGGAGGGGAAUGUGGCCCCCGUGAGGAUUGGUGAGAGGCUCCACUUGCAAGUAUCCCAGACCAUCCCACCUGGCUGUGAACUGCUGCUGUGGCCCCAGUCUCCCAGCAUAGGCCCAGGACAUGCAGAGGAACAGCCACUGGCCAUGGAGUCAGGGUCAGAGCUGGGGACCACAGUGCUAACCGAUGGGGUCUCUCCUGGAGAGGAUACAACUGAGCCAUGCACAGCCCUCUCUCCCCAGCAGGGCCUUGCCAUUAAGAAAGUCACUAAACAGAGCCUGGAAUUUGGGCCUAAAUCCCAGGAUGAGAGUCUCACAGGCUCUCAGCCCCUAGAGCCUGGGGAUCACAUAGAAGAAGAGGGGGAAAAAGAGAAGGAAAGAAGAAUAGUCCCUCUGCCAGACAGCCCUGCAGAAGGGACACAGCUGCCCCAGAGCAGCCUGUCUGCAGGUCCGGAGGAUCUGAGCCCCAGUGAUUCAACCUCCUCAUCUGUGGCUCCUAGUGGGGGCCCUCGGCUCAGCACCCGCCUGGCUAACAGAGCGUGUAAGCUGCUUGGUCCUGGAAGCCCCCAGGACCGCCAGGCUGGAGAGGCAGAGCACUCAAACCUCACCAAGCCUCCUGGGGGCACUGCCCGGCACUCCUCUAGGCGCUACCACUGUACUGUGUGCAGCAAGGCCUUCUUGCAGCUCUGCCACCUGAAGAAGCACCAGUUUGUCCAUGCAGGGCAUAAACCAUUCCUUUGCACAGAGUGUGGCAAGAGCUACAGCUCUGAGGAGAGCUUCAAGGCCCACAUGCUAGGACACCGAGGAGUCCGGCCCUUUCCCUGCCCACAGUGUGACAAGGCCUAUGGCACCCGCCGAGACUUGCGAGAGCACCAGGUGGUACACUCGGGAGCCCGCCCCUUCACGUGUGACCAGUGUGGCAAGGCCUUCGCCCGGCGGCCUUCCUUAAGGCUUCACCGCAAGACCCAUCAAGUGCCUGCUGCCCCCACCCCAUGCCCCUGCCCCAUCUGUGGGCGCCACCUGGCCAAUCAAGGCUCCCUGAGGAACCACAUGCGCCUCCACACAGGUGAGAAGCCCUUCCUGUGCCCCCAUUGUGGCAGGGCCUUCCGCCAACGUGGCAACCUGCGGGGACACCUGCGCCUUCACACCGGUGAGCGCCCCUACCGCUGCCCACAUUGCACAGAUGCCUUCCCACAGCUGCCAGAGCUGCGGAGACAUCUCAUCUCCCACACAGGGGAGGCCCAUCUCUGCCCAGUGUGUGGCAAAGCCCUGAGGGAUCCCCACACGCUUCGAGCCCAUGAACGCCUGCACUCUGGUGAAAGGCCCUUUCCCUGCCCCCAGUGUGGCCGGGCAUAUACUCUGGCCACCAAGCUGCGACGCCACCUCAAGUCUCACCUGGCAGACAAGCCUUUCCGCUGCCCAACCUGUGGCAUGGGCUACACCCUUCUUCAGAGCCUCAAAAGACACCAGCUCAGCCAUCAGUCUAAAGGCCCAAAUGGCUGCGCUUCCACCUCAGCCAAGCCCAGCAUGGUGCUGCUCCAGGCAGAGACAGAGCUGGUAGUCACCCCAAGCGAAGAGGAUUCCUCCCCUACCCCAACCUCUUCCCCAGCAGAUGUCAUCGAGAUUUCCAUUUCAGAGAGUGAGGACAGAUGCAUUGUGGUUCAGGAAGAGCCAGGACCCGGGCAUAGCCUGGUCCUCAUUCAAGAGGGUAUGGCAGGUUUCAGCACUGUGGCUGAAGUGGUGGAAGUUGAGACAGGCCCCUAACAUUGUUCUGCUCCCAGCUGGCCCUCCGGAAAAAUCCCUUCUAUAAAAAUGUCUUAUUUUCUAGUUGCUUGGUAUUGAGUGUCUCCCUGGACCUGAUCUCUCUUUGUAUUGUCUAACUGGAACCAGAAGGAUAUGGCAAAUGGUUCCUCGAUAUAGCAAGGGACCCCCCUAUGACUUCCUCCUUUGGAAAGCUCCAAGUGCUCAUGUCAGUGUGAAUUGUUGCCUGCUCUGAACCCAGUUAUCCCAGGAGGCCGAGCUGGGGUGCCAGCUGUUUCUGCACACCUGGCUCAGACAGAAAUUUCCAGCCGGGGCUUGUGGGCUUGUCACUCCCUCACCAGGGAGAGUGGAAAGACAGGAGCAGUCUAAAAGGCUUUGAGCCAGAAUUGAGAACCUCCCCUUCAGGAAUGGGAGUGUCGUGGUGGCAUCCCUCAGCUCACCAAAUCCGGAUGGAGUGGACCAGCUGGCCUACUUUGGAGAUACAGAGAAAGACAA